UUCAGAGGCAGGCCCAGUGCCCUGCCUGCUCUUCCUCCCCGCCAGCUCCCAGAAGGCUUGGAGCCCAGACACCUGCUCACCCGCCACCACCUGGGCUCCGCCUGGGCCUGCCCGGCACGCACCCCGGCCACCAAGGGCAGCAGCUUUUCCAGAAUUUGGCUGGCAGGCCCAGUCACCCCACCUCGCCACCUCACCACUGCACCUCAGAGGCCAGCCCUGUCCACUCCACUCUGUGCCUGGCUUCUCUUGCCUGCCUUGGGCCUUCGUGUGGCCCCUCCACGGUGUCUGGGACUGAGUGCCCCUCUUGCCUCCUGAAGAGCAGCCAUGGCCACCUACAAAGUCAGGGUGGCCACAGGCACCGACCUCUUGUCGGGAACACGGGACUCCAUCUCACUGACCAUUGUGGGGACGCAAGGAGAGAGCCAUAAGCAGCUGCUGAACCACUUUGGGAGAGACUUUGCAACUGGGGCGGUGGACCAGUACACCGUGCAGUGUCCUCAGGACCUGGGUGAGCUCAUCAUCAUCCGCCUGCACAAAGAGCGGUACUCCUUCUUCCCCAAGGACCCUUGGUACUGCAACUAUGUGCAGAUCUGUGCCCCCAACGGCCGUAUCUACCACUUCCCCGCCUACCAGUGGAUGGAUGGCUACGAGACCCUGGCACUCCGGGAGGCCACAGGAAAGACAACAGCAGAUGACUCGCUCCCCGUCCUCCUGGAGCACAGAAAAGAGGAGAUCAGAGCCAAGCAGGACUUCUACCACUGGCGAGUCUUUCUUCCUGGCCUGCCCAGCUAUGUGCACAUUCCCAGUUACCGCCCUCCGGGGCGGAGGCAUCGCAACCCCAACCGGCCUGAGUGGAAUGGCUAUAUUCCGGGAUUCCCAAUUCUCAUCAACUUUAAGGCCACCAAGUUCCUGAACUUAAAUCUCCGCUACUCCUUCCUCAAGACGGCCUCCUUCUUCGUCCGCCUGGGGCCCAUGGCACUGGCUUUCAAAGUCCGCGGCCUGUUGGACUGCAAACAUUCGUGGAAGAGGCUGAAGGACAUUAGGAAAAUUUUCCCUGGCAAGAAAUCUGUCGUCUCCGAGUACGUGGCCGAGCACUGGGCAGAGGACACCUUCUUUGGGUACCAGUACCUCAACGGCGUCAACCCCGGCCUGAUCCGCCGCUGCACGCGGAUCCCAGACAAGUUCCCCGUCACAGACGACAUGGUGGCUCCGUUCCUGGGCGAGGGAACGUGCUUGCAAGCGGAGCUGGAGAAGGGGAACAUUUACCUGGCCGACUACCGCAUCAUGGAGGGCAUCCCCACCGUGGAGCUCAGCGGCCGGAAGCAGCACCACUGUGCCCCCCUCUGCCUGCUGCACUUCGGACCCGAGGGCAAGAUGAUGCCCAUCGCCAUCCAGCUCAGCCAGACCCCUGGGCCAGAUUGCCCCAUCUUCCUGCCCAGUGAUUCUGAGUGGGACUGGCUGCUAGCCAAGACGUGGGUACGCUAUGCGGAGUUCUACAGCCACGAGGCCAUCGCCCACCUGCUGGAGACCCACCUCAUUGCCGAGGCCUUCUGCCUGGCCUUGCUGAGGAACCUGCCCAUGUGCCACCCCCUCUACAAGCUUCUCAUCCCCCAUACCCGAUACACAGUCCAGAUCAACAGCAUUGGCCGGGCCGUUCUCCUCAAUGAGGGGGGGCUCUCUGCCAAGGGCAUGUCCCUGGGCGUGGAAGGCUUUGCUGGGGUGAUGGUACGGGCUCUGUCGGAGCUCACCUAUGACAGCCUCUACCUCCCCAAUGACUUUGUGGAGCGUGGGGUCCAGGACCUGCCUGGAUAUUACUACCGCGAUGACAGCUUGGCGGUGUGGAAUGCACUGGAGAAGUAUGUGACGGAGAUCAUCACCUAUUAUUACCCGAGUGACGCAGCCGUGGAGGGUGACCCGGAAUUGCAGUCCUGGGUGCAGGAAAUAUUUAAAGAGUGCCUCCUGGGGCGGGAGAGCUCAGGCUUCCCUAGGUGCUUGCGGACCGUGCCUGAGCUGAUCCGAUAUGUCACCAUAGUCAUCUACACCUGCUCUGCCAAGCACGCUGCUGUCAACACAGGCCAGAUGGAGUUCACCGCCUGGAUGCCCAACUUCCCAGCGUCCAUGCGGAAUCCACCGAUUCAGGCUAAGGGGCUGACCACUCUGGAGACCUUCAUGGACACGUUGCCGGAUGUGAAGACCACGUGCAUCACGCUGCUGGUGCUCUGGACCCUCAGCCGAGAGCCUGACGACAGGCGGCCCCUGGGACACUUCCCGGACAUUCACUUCGUGGAGGAGGCCCCGCGGAGGAGCAUAGAGGCGUUCCGCCAGCGCCUGAACCAGAUCUCACACGACAUCCGCCAGCGCAACAAGUGCCUUCCCAUCCCCUACUACUACCUGGACCCGGUGCUGAUUGAGAACAGCAUUUCUAUUUAGGAGCGCGCUCCCCGUCUCUCCUCUCCCCAUUCUGUGCCCUACUAUUUUCAAACAAAACAAAACAAAACAAACAAGCAAAAAACACAAAAACCUCAGAGACCAAAACACCAAACAAACAAAAAAACAAAAAACCUUCCUCUCCCUGGGUCUGGCUGUGAAUGCGCGCGGCAAGUUACUGGGGCGCUGGCGGCAGGGCUGGCGCCGCGGGGUGCAGGUGCAGGCUGUGCCGCGCGCUCUCACCGCGAUUCCGUUCUCUGCGGCCGCGGGGUUCAGGUAGGAGUAGGGCAGCGCCAGGCCCCGGCUCCACUCCAGGACGUCCGCCGAGAUCUGGGCCAGGCGGCUCUGCCGCGGGGCCUUCUCGGCGAAGUGCUCCUCUGGGUAGGUGUCCAGGAGGGGAGACGGAAAAGCUGGGACCUUGGCCGGCUGCAUUUUCAGCCCACAACGAUUCUGUUCCAUCUUAAGUCUCCCUCCCAGGGGACUUAGUCCACCCAAGCCCAGCCCACGUAGGGGUCCUGGACCACUCCAGACCCAUCCAACUUGAAACGUAAAACACCCGCCCACCUAGACAAAAGACUGCGGGCCACAAGAAACCCAGACCACCCCAAGCCCGGCUCACUCUGAAGCCCAGACCACUCUAAACUCCCCCUACUAGGAAUCCACAACACCCUAAACCACACUCACCAGCAACCUAGUGGCUGCAAGCCCUGCCACCUAGGAGCCCAGCCUGCUAAGCUAAGUGCACCCUCCUAGUAGCCAUUGUCCCCAGGAUCCCUUCCUCAAUGUUCCCACUCUCUAGAAGCUGAGACCCCAGCCAUCCCCACCUGGGCCUUGCUUAUGGUGGCCUUGGUUUCAUUGCUGACCCCCCACAGGAGCACCAGGGUGUGGUGUGUGGCAUCGACCGCAGGGAGUGAGGCUGCUUGUUCUGUCUGGCCCUUGGCGGUGGGCAGGGCAAGCCACAGGAUGAUAGGAAUAUUGGGGAUCCAGGCACUGAAUUCAGACCGACCCCUGCAAACUCAGUACAGAGCUUCCAGUGCUGCUAGGGCUGCUCCUCCCACGACCCUGCUUGUCCCCCAGGUCUGGCAGUGGCUCACCUGGCCGCUGUUGAUGGCAGCAUGUUGGG